UUAGCGAGUGAAGAAGAUGUUUAACUUUAUGAAGAAGACCGUGGAGAAGGACGACAAGCGGAAGCGCGAGAAGAAGGAGGGGAAGAAUGUCAAGAAGCGCGAUCGCAGCAGCAUGUCCGCGGAGGAGCUUCUGCGAUUAGACGAGGUCCGUAGAUCACUGAAGAUCCCCGGUCGUCGAAAGGAGAAAGAAAAGUUACCGAGUGGUAUCACCGCGGAUUACAGCGCGUCUUUUUUCGCGCAUCUCGACCGCGAUCUUCUGGACGCCACGCAGAACGCGGGAUCGGGUCCAGGCUCGACGAUCAGUGCCGGUGCCAGCAGUUGGGCCACUAGAACGCCCGAUGGCCUGAUGCAGAGCGAUUCAUCGGAGGCGUCUCUCACAUCUCUGACGACUACCACGACGACGUCGUCGACGACGACCAGUCAUGCCGGUGGUCAGGCCGGUGGCAAGUGUCUACCACCCUUGCCGCCAAAACCACCCAAACGAGGGAUCCUCAAAGGACCACGAUUAAGCGUCAAUAGCGCGAACGUCCUCUCGGAAGAAAAUGUGUUACCAAACGGCACGGAAACCAGUUACCAGGAGGCCAGCAAUCUGCUGGUGAGAAACACCCUUCAAAACGAGGUGAUCGCUUAUCAAAAUGUGCCGGCGCAUCUCAACAACGUCCUGAAGGACGACUGCAGCGAGGAGGAAACGGUAUGCCAAACCGCGUGGCAGAUCUCCAUACAACAACAGACAAUUCAGCAACAAUAUCAGCAGCAGCAACAGCAGCAUCAUCAUCAUCAUCAAAUCGACUCCAAAUUGCUUCAGGUCGUUACCAGCGCUAGUCCAUCCGCGGAUUCUUUGACGGAUACGACAAACUCCAGUUUUGCGACGCCACCGUUCAGCUUGUCGCCUGUCGGCGAAUCCCAGGGUUUCUCAAGGUGGCGAUCAUCGGUCUCCUUCGAGGAGCAGGGAAUCGAACUGCAACUUCCGGAAAUCGUGCCGCUUGAGUUACCCGAACCUAGAGAACUCACUAUUCAGCGACAACCACCGCCGCGAAAUGAUUUCGGCUUUUCGCUUCGUCGCGCCGUGAUCGUUGAGCGAACGGCGAACGGCGUCACGCAGAUGAGACCGGUAAUUUUCGCUGAACCUGGAGCUCUGGUGCAACACAACAACGACACGGGUCUGUUGCCCGGUGAUAGACUGAUCGAGGUCAAUGGGAUCNNNNGGGAUCGUGAGUCACGGUCCCUGCUAAUAAAACUAUAUUACAAUAUUAACGUGUCGAUUUUGUUGCAGGUGCAGCCCGUCGCCGAGCUAUCAGAAUUAUCGAGACGCGGCGGCUGUGAUGGACGUCAAGUCGUAUUGGCACCUGCGAAUAUCCGCGGCGGCACGCUUCGCCGAUCCGGCAGUUUGCGGUUUCAUCAAAAUACAGCACGAUCGGAAGAGCAUCUGGCGCAAGAACAAGCAUGGUUGACUUCUGAGAGAGUUUGGUUACUGCAUCGCGGAGGUUUUACACCUGCCACAAGAUGCGGUUCCGCCGAUCCUGAUACAGGAAAACUGAGGAUUCGAUUGACCACCUCUGGAGAGGAAUUACUGGUGGACGAGGAAGACGUGGAGAAGGCCAAUUCACCUCAGUUCGAUAAAGCUGAGGAGCUCUCGCAGCUGCGAUUUCUGAAUGAAUCGUCGGUUCUCCACACGCUGCGCCAACGCUACGCUAGUAAUUUGAUACACACGUAUGCAGGAGACAGCAUGAUCGUUAUCAAUCCAGUUGCGCCACUAGCGAUUUACUCUGAAAAGGUCGCGCACAUGUUCCGAGGUUGCAAAAGCGAGGACAUGCCGCCGCAUAUUUAUGCCAUAGCGCAGUCGGCUUAUCGAGGAAUGCUGGCGACACGCAGGGACCAUUCUCUGGUUUUCCUCGGGCGUAGUGGAGCGGGGAAAACUACAAACUUCAAACACGCCCUUCAUUAUCUCGUGCUGGCCGCUGGCACGGUUAACAAGAUCUUGACGAUCGAGAAGCUGAACGCACUAUUCACGGUUCUUGAGGCCUUUGGAAAUAGCAGAACGCAUAUGAAUUCGAAUGCGACGCGUUUCACACAGCUCUUUAGUCUUGACUUUGAUCAGUCAGGUCAAAUCGCAUCGGCCUCUUUACAAGUGUUACUUCUGGAGAAGUCAAGGAUAGGUCGACGAGCGAAUGGAGAUCCGACGUUCCACGCCGUUUACCGUCUAUUGGCUGGUGCGGAGGGCGCGCUAAGGAAAGAAUUACAUCUCACGAAUCUAGUCGCCGAAAACAACCCCUUCGUCACGCCCUUACAGAAACACGAGGACAAACAGCGGGCUAUGGUCGAGUUUAACCGUAUUGUCGCCGCAUUCAGGAUACUCGGCAUCUCUGAGGCCGACGAAAAAGUAAUCUGGCUGGUGUUGGCCGGCAUUUAUCAUUUGAGUUGUGCCAGCGCCAUGAAAGCUGGCACCAGCUCGCAAAGCAGAUGGCAGUUCGCGAGGGUUGAGUGCGCGGAAAAAGCCGCCAAUCUGCUGGGCACAACGGUGGAAGAACUGAGUCGAGUGGUGUUUUCCACCAAUGGAGGCGGUGCUGGAACACCGAGCACUCCGAGGCCGGCUCUGAGAACACCCAGCCCAACGGAACAAGGCAAAGAUGUCAUGGGACUUGAUGCUCUGGAAGGACUUCUAGUCGGACUCUAUUCCGAAGUCUUCCACUGCGUCGCGGCUCUCAUUAACAAAUCCAUAUCAUCUGCUGUACAUACAGUUUCAUCUCUGCUGCUGUGUGACUCGCCAGGUUUUCAAAAUCCUGCCUCAUGCGGCCGACAAACUGGUGCAACCUUUGAAGAUCUUUGCCAUAAUUAUCUGCAGGAACGUCUGCAGUUAUUGUUUCAUCAUACUACAUUAGUAGCGCCAAAGGAUAGAUACGUUCAGGAAGGUAUCGAUGUAGAUUAUGAAGAUGAUUAUGACGAGGAAGGCAUCGGAUCGCCUCAAGGUUUAGUUUCCCUUCUGGAUCGUGGAAGCUCGCAAAGCGCAAUGUUGCGAACUAGUCAAAGUGAUCUUAGCGGCAGUAGGCAAAUGGAAAGAAAAGGAUUACUCUGGCUGCUGGACGAAGAGACCGUAUGUCCUGGAGGUAGUGACGAGACCUUCCUGGAUCGAUUAUUUUCUCAUUAUGGAGAUCGAGGAAAGCACAAGGUAAUAUUGCAGAUCCAUUUUAUCGAAAUUUACCUAUAUUUUCCAAAAAAAUUAUCUUUCUCCAUCGAGAAAGAUAAUUAAAUUUCAUUAUAUAUUAUAUUUGUAUAUCAUGAAAAUUUCAGAGAGCACGUGGGCAUGUUAUUUGUUAGUGCGCGGGGUGCUGGUGUUUCCGGUGCUCUAUGUAAUUCUAUGCCGGGACUUGAAGGCUCGCAAUCUCUGAGGCGAGCCUCGAGUAUACGAAGGACCUUCACGGCCGUAAAAAGGAAGAAUGUUUGUCUACAAGUGAAAUUCACUGUCGAUGGACUCAUAGAGACAUUGCGGAGAACUCGCGUUAAGUUUGUGCACUGCCUUUUGCCUCAACAUAAUGCUGGUUGUACCGACAAUAAGAGUCUCCUUUCCGUGAAAUCGAAUCAGAGCGAGGAUAACGUCAUUAACGUACCUCUUCUGCGAUCACAGAUUCGCGGGAGCCAGAUAAUCGACGCUGUCCGUUUACACAAGGUUGGAUUUCCGAAGCAUAUGGCUCUAGGUGAAUUCAGACGUCGAUUCGGAUUGCUGUCAAGCGACGUGAACGCUCGCCCCGGAAGUCCCGUGACCGAUGAACGUCGUGCCGUAGAAGAUAUGUUGCUGACGGUCGACGUCGAUCCUGCAUCCUACCGAGUUGGUCAAAGCCAAAUAUUCUUCAGAUCAGGCACUCUGGAACGAUUGGAAGCUCAGAGGGACGAGAAGCUCACAGGCCACAUUAUUCUUCUGCAGGCGAGAUGCAGAGGCUAUCUGGCGCGACGCAAACUCAACACUUUGAAACUGCAAGAUCUAGCGGUGCGAUGCAUUCAGAGGAACGUGAGGAAACUAAUGUCCGUGCGAGAAUGGCCUUGGUGGAGAUUGUACGUAAAAGUCGCGCCCUUGUUGAAUGUUCAUCGGACCGAGGAUCAGCUAAAGGCACGAACGGAAGAGCUCGAGCUUCUCAGGGCAAAAGUGGAACGCUUGGAACAGGAACGUAAUCAUCUGAAGCAUGACAACGACAAACUGGAAGCGAAGCUGAGCGAGAUGACCGCGGACUUCGCGGAGGAGCAUUCUACGUCGACGCUGGCGGCGGAGAGGAUCGACGCUGAGACUUCGGAAAGAUUGCGACUUGAGCGAGAGCUGCAGGAUGUAACCGAGGCUAACAAGAAUCUUCAGCAGACGACCGAACGGCUGGAGAUGGAAUUGCUCUACGCGAGAGCUGCAGAUUUGAACGGGGUCGCUUCCGACGGCGAGGAGGGCGAGGACGGUGGUGUUUAUAGGCAACGAUACGAGCACGCUAUCCGGGAACUCGAGUUCACGAAGAGGAAAAUGGCACAGCAGCACGAGGACGAUCUGGAGCAAUUGGUCGGACUGAAAAAGCAGUUAGAAAAGAAGUUGGCCGAUGCCUACGAAGAGGUGGAGGAACAACGACAAGUUGUCGGACAGUGGAAACGACGAGUCCAGAAAUUGAACGGCGAGAUGCACGAUCUCAGAUUGCUCUUGGAGGAACAGACCGCUAGAAACAAUCUUCUCGAAAAGAAGCAACGCAAAUUUGAUUCGGAGACCCAGAACCUGAUGAAUGAUCUUAGACAAGAGAAAGCACAGCGUGAAAGAUUAGCAAGAGAAAAGGAGAUUGCGAUCGCGGAAAAAUUCACAGUGGAACAAAAUCUGAGCGACGCAAGAUUAGAAAUUGAGCUAAAGGAGGAAAGACUUCGCACGUUGACUCAAGAGCUAGAAGAGCUCACUUUCGGCGGUAAAACGGAAGAGGAAGUUGCGCAACUGAAGAAAGCGAAGCACGAGCUGGAGAAACGCGCGAAGGACCAAGAGGAAGAGUUGGACGAUCUGGCCGGUCAAGUGCAGUUGCUUGAACAGGCGAAGCUUAGGUUGGAAAUGAGCAUCGAGCAGCAGCGCAAAGAGAUGCGUAAAGAAAUGCAGCAACGCGAUGAAGAGUUGGAGGACGUUCGUGGGAAUGCGCACAAGAAAGUCAAAGCUCUCGAGUCGCAAUUGGAAAAUGAACAUGAGGAAAGGACGAUUCUUCUAAGAGAAAAGCAUGAAUUGGAACGCCGUUUAGUAGCUCUAGAAGAACAAGAUCGAGCCGAUCGUGCGGCGGAAGCUGAGACCAUGCAGAGAUUGAAGAGAGACUUGAAGAGAACAAAGGCAUUACUCAGGGAUGCGCAAACAAUGCUCGAAAGAUCCAAAGGCGAUUCGACGGGUAAAGCCGCGCUGCGUCAAUUGAAAAAUCAAUUGGAAGACGCGGAGUGCGCUCGAGCAGUAGCGAUUAAAGCAAAACAGGCGUUGGAACAGGAGCUAAAUGAAACGCAAGCAACUCUGGAAGAAGCUAUGCGGCAACGUUCCGAGGCGGAGGAGCGAGCUAAUGCGGCCAAUCGUGAACGCUCAGAGUUGCUAUCUCAGUUGGAAGAAAAUGAGGAGGAACUUGCCGAGGUUUUAAAGAAGUAUCGUGCCGCAGUGCAACAAGUUUCUGCGGAACAAGGCCAACUGCAAGAAGCACAAGUGCAAAUUGCUGCACUCGAGGCAGAGAAGUCGUCAUUGAAGGACCAACUUGCGGAAUUAACGCAACGAUUAGAAUCAGUGGAGCAACUUGGUGACCCAACGGCAAACAGUCUUGCCACGAGACGCCUAGAGUUCCGUGCCAAGGAGCUCGAAAGCAAGCUCGAACUGGAACAAACUACGAGAGCGCGAUUGGAGACGCAAAUAGCGCGGUUGAAGGAAAGCGUCGACAAGUUACAGACAGAAUCAGCCUUACUCAGAACGAAAGAGCAGACCGCUCAGGACACGGCAAGGCGGCUGCAACGAUCUUUGCGCGACGCUCGCGACGAAGCUAGUGCGGCGAUAUCGCGAGAGCAAGAAGCUCUACGUGCUCGUCGUGACAUAGAGAAAUCUUUGGAAGCCGCGGAGGCUGAGACUAAAGUGGCUAGAGACGACCUCAGAUUGGCGCUUCAAAGAAUCGACGAUUUACAGAGUGCUAUUCAAGGGGAACUUGACUUGGACUGCAGCGAGGAAGCUACCAGCGAGAAUAGUGACAGUGAUUGAUCCGAGCCGUCAUCGGACCUCGAGUCCGAUCAAAAUGGCGAAGGCACGACUGAAUCGGGAUCAAUGAAUCAGAUCAUGGAUGGACUUUCGCGGAUCCGAAACAUCGAAUAGAACGUGAACGUUAUAACGUGAGCCGCCCGAUAUUUAACGUAUGACCGAAUGCGAAAGUGACAGACUGGGAUCAAAGUCUGAAGAGAUGAAAGACUGGCAAAGAUUACGAAGGGUGGUAACAGUUCGCAAUCGCGAUAGAUUUCAAUUUUGUGCUACUCGAAUGACACUACUGAAGGAGUUAGCGUUCUCUCUUUACUAUUCUAGGGAAUAAAGUCAUUUCGAAGGCGAAUGAAACUAGCACAGAAGCUAGUCGUUGACGAAAUCAAACUUACCAAGUAACGAUAGCUAAGCUAAUUAAUCGCGUGGCCACUCUCUACGAGCGAUGAUAAACAUUUUAGGUGCUAACUAUGUAUAAUUCCCUGAAAAUCUCGAUGUCGUGGCUAAUAUUUGCACGCCGCAUCUGGCCGUGCAUUCGCGGUGCUAUUAUCCUGUCCGUUAUGUGAAAUCGUCGAUGACAACGACGUCGUCCCUUUCCAGUCUUCCACAGAAAUUCGAGCCAUUUCUUCGCAAACACGAAUGUCGAACGAGAAUUGCGCGUAUCGCGCUGUCGAACAAAGGCCAAAAUGUUUUUUAACAGAAAUAGCGUUUUUUUACCAUAAAAAACAAAAUUGUGUAUCUUUUUGUUAGAAAAGUGUAAACAGGAAUUUCGCAGUGAACUUUGCGAAGCGACAAAUCGAAACUAAAUUUUGGUUUCAAUAUGACGUCACAGGAAGCCGUUCAUACUUUUGUUCGACAACGCAGACAUGUUGUGCGUAUAUUUUCUCACGCAGAAUUAGCUCGGGAACGAUCUUCUACAUAGGAAAGGACACAUAUUGCGCUUUUUAUCCUUGCGAUCCACUGCCUUCAGGCUCGAUUACGUUUCACAUUUGUAUAGAAAGGAAAGAAAGAAAAGGAAAGUAUGAUUAGGAAUAAAAGAGAAAUGCGUGCCACGACUCGAAUUGGGGCUUUGGUUUCGUGUAAGGAUUCUCGUGUAACUUAUUGCUUUGUAAAAUGCAGAUCUCCUAUUUAAUUA